CGGGGCAAUCUCGAGAAACUGCUCGAUUCAAUGCCCCCAAAGGGGGCAACUCCUAAAAUGGACACACCUUGGACAACGGACUUUUCAGCAAAUGAGAACCAGCUGGGGCCUGAACUCUCGAGGCCUGUCACGGUUGGCGCUCCUUCUGCAGUGAUCCAGGAUUGCUAAGCCCCUUCUGCGGCAGAUGUCACCAACUCUGGGUCCAACGUCGAAUCACCAACGUUCUUUCAUCUGAGAUUUGCGACAGGAGAGCCUUGUGGUGAUGAUCGGAUGUUGUUUGAGGUUCCCGGGGAAGUGAAGAGUGCCUCGCUAAACACGGCCGCCGCUCCAUUCCCAGAUUUUUUGAUCGACAACCACUCACUCCCUGACCUUGUGCCACAAUACCAUGCUGCCUCGAUGAGCAAUUCUCUGGCCGAUUCCCCGGAGUCGCAGGCCAUCCGCCAUGAGAUCGCAGAUCUCGAGAAGCGUCUGCGAGAUGCCAAUGCGCGAUUGAACAGCAUCGAAGACCGCGAGGAAGCAGAUUCCAAUGCCCCCUCCAAAGUCCUGCGCAGUGAUGGACCGUUCUCAGCCUCGUCUCAUCAUUUUCUCCUGCUGCUUUCGGACUCGGCUCUUCCUUUAGGAUCCUUCGCCUUCAGCAGCGGUCUUGAAUCCUACCUCGCACAUUCUCGUCCAAGCUCCUCCUUCCCCGCAUUCUUGGAGUUCUCCUUGUCCUCAUAUGCCUCAACCACGCUGCCUUUUGUUCUUGCUGCUUAUCGAAAGCCAGAAGAUCUUUUAGACCUCGACGAUGCCCUCGAUGCUGCGAUUAUGUGUACAGUUGGACGGCGAGCAUCUGUUGCGCAAGGAAGAGCUUUGCUUUCGAUUUGGGACCGAUCAUUUAGCUCUGCGCUUCCGCCUGGAGCUUCAGGUGCUGCUGUCGAGUCAUUGAAGGGAAUUGCGGGUUUAAUGAAAUCUGCUUCCUCCAAAGAGUCCAGCGACCUGCCUCCAGCCUCUGCCCAUCUUGGACCCUUGUUCGGCACGAUCGCAUGUUUGUUGGGAAUGAGCUUGCAGCAGACUGCAUACGUCUUCAUGUUAAGUCAUGUAAAAGCACUGUUGUCAGCAGCUGUACGAGCAAGCAUAUUUGGACCAUAUCAUGCCCAGAAACUGUUAGCUAGCGUAGAGGUACAGGAAGGUAUACAAGCAGUUAUAGAUCAGCAGUGGAACACCAAGAUUGAAGAUGCUGGCCAGAGCGUACCAGUCAUGGAUCUAUGGAUUGGAAGGCAUGAGAUGCUGUAUUCGAGAAUAUUUAACAGCUAAGUUUUGUUCGCGCAGCUCUGAAGCUGGCUUUGGCAAAGGCCGCUUUUUACUUCCCAUAUCUAUGGGUUCUUCCACGAGGUGAUUUCCAAUAAUACCACAAUUCAAAUAUGUCCACCAACGCCAGACUAUGCUCCUCAAUCACUGUCACUAUCGUAAGCCACCAGAGGUCCCGAAGAUGCCUUCGGUG